CGCCUUAUAGCCGGGGCUGCCCAACGCCCCACAGUCACCGCUGCUGUCUCGCCAGACCGCCCGGACCCCGCACAACUAGAAGAAAAAUGAUGAAAAUGUUGCCUUUUUUCCAAAAUGGUCCUAUUGGAAUACGCAAGGGAUCAGAGGGUUGCAUUGAUGCAAACAGGCAGCUUGAAAACCCUUCAGCAUCAGUAGCUGAGCAAGUCUCUGCCUGUCUUGAACCUUCUGGAGAUGAGAUCUGGUCCAGGUACCAGCAGAAGAUGAAUGAAAGGCCAGAAGCAGCCUGCAGACCUUCACGUACAUCUUCCAUCACAAGCAAUGGCAGCUGCACCUCUGCUGGGGACAGCCCUGAGAAGGGGAAGAAAGGAAUAAAGGGAAUCCUUACAAGCGCACUUAAGAAGAUGAAAAAGACUAAGCCACCAAGUGUCAAACAAGUCAUGGAUCUCCUUGAAGAGCACAAGCUUUGUGAUGCUGCUCAGUAUCUCAUUGUCCUGGAGAAGAGCCUGUCUAGCAAAAGUGAGGAGGGACUGAGCACCAGCCAGCAAGAUGUUGAGUCUCUCUAUGAAGUUCUGAAGCACAAAGUCUUCAGCAUCUUGAAAGACUCCUUACUGCUAGCAAAAACAAACCCAGAAUUGCUGCAGCAGGCAGUAGAGGCACUGAACGAGCAGGAGAAGGAGGAUCAGAACUACACAUCAGAGAACCCACCUGACCAAAACAUGCAAUUUAGACCUAGAAAAUGGAAAGAGCUUUGGAUAGCUACAAUAAAGGAGACAGUAGAGGCUCGAAUGAAAGACACAAGCCAUACUCCUAAAACUGAGAACCUCUCUACACUUGGCCAGAACCUCCUGCACAUGGGAAAGACAAUGAAAGAAGAUCUGACAGUAGUUGUGAAGUACAUUAAAGAGCUUUAUCCUCCUGAGUUUAAUGUGUUCAGCACAUAUGCAGAAUUCUACCACAGUUAUUUUGCCUCUCAGGCAAAGAAAAAUGCUGAGUCUUAUCUGGAAGACAAGGAUAUUUACCUCCUUCUCUCAUGGGUGCACAACAUUUAUCCAAAAGAUAUGAGGAAAGAUCGUGUUUUAGCUGAGGAGUUGGAAAAAGUUAAGCUUGGAAGCCUUUUGCCUUCAAGUCUGAGAAAAGAGCUUGAAAACAAAUACCUUGACAGUGAAGAGGCUACUAUCAAAAAUGUACUGAGUAAAUGUUUAGAUAAAGAAAUACAAACAUGGAAAGAAGACGAAGAACCAGAGAAACUAAAUGGACAUUUUCAGAGUCUACUGGCAAUAUUUGUUAUCCAGAGUAUCCACAGCGGCCAGAUGCGAGCCAAGGACAUCAGCGUGGCCGUGGGCGAGGAGCUGUCGUGUCGCCUGUGGCAGGAGCUGCCUGCCUUCCUCCGCAGCUACAAGGAUGCUUUUGAAGACUUUAAGGAAAGAAGCAAGAAGCAGAGAUACUACAAGCCCAUGUUGAUUGCAAGUAUUAACAACUGCUGGAAUUUUAGAGACUACGCAGAGGAAAACAUGGCAGAUAAGAAUGAAAACAGAGCCAUUAUCCUCAGCACUCUCAGCAACAUUGAAAACAGCGGCUUCGAGGUGCUGCUUCAGCAGCUGUUUGCACAGCUGAAGCCAAUCUAUAAGAAGUUUACAGAAAAUAAGUGGGACUCCAGCAAUGAAAUUAUGAAUGAGAUCAUUAAAACCACCAGCACACAUAUUUCAGACUUCCAAACCCUAAAGGACCCUUUGUAUCAGGCUAUCAUGGAGAAGAUCCACACCCGUUUGGUUAAAGAGUACAUUGUCAGACUGCUGAAGAGAAAAUUCCGCCUGAAAAAUCCAGCACAACAGCAAAACCUUGCCCAAAACAUCUCCAAGAAUGCUGCUGACUUGGAAGCCUUCUGCACCAGUAAUGGAUCUCAAGCCACGUGGCUGAAUUUGGCACUUCCCAAACUGGCUGAAAUAAUCCGGCUUCAGGAUUUGGGUGCUAUUAAAAUUGAAGUUGCAACAUUCGCGAUGACAUACCCAGAUAUCUGCAAAAGGCACCUGGAAGCAUUCCUGUACAUCAAAGCCAAUUUGACACACAGUGAACUCAAAAGCAUCCUGGGCUACUUGGCAGACAGGACAGCAUCUACAUCAUGCAGAGCUCCACUCUUCUCCAACAUAAACCUGUCCUAGGCCAAGGACACUUUGGCACCCAUCUUGUGCUGGACUGUGGGCUAAGCUGAGUAUGGAGACCCUCUUCUGGAGUAAGGCACAGCACACACUGCCACCUUCUACAGAUCAUACUUUGUCCUAAUCUGCUUCUCAGCAUCUCUAUGGGAAUCUUGUCCUCCAUGCACCGGUGGAAGGUGAAGUUCUUGCAAAGCCUGGGACUGCUCCUCUCAGCAGCCACAAACUCCCUCCAAGGUCUCCUUGAUGCCACCAUGUUCUCUGCCUGGACACUGCCAUGGUGCUCUGAUCUCCAUCUACCUCACAGGGCAUCAUGAAGGCCAUGUUGCCAACUCCCCAGCUGGUCCAGACUGAGCAGGCACUUCCCAUGUAGUAUUUUGUCUUCUAAGGAAAUGGUGGGAAAGAAAAAACAAAGCUAAAAUUUAGAGAUGUUGGAAAAGUCCUGUGUGAGCAUGCUGGUACCCCAGUUCCCUUCCUCUGGGUUGGGCAGGGAGGGCUGUGUUAGGCUGGUCAGAGAGGCACCAGGUUUUGGGUCAGGAGGAGCUGCUCUCAGCUGCAACAGGACUGCAGCUGUCCCACUGCCCUCCAGUACUCCCAGAUCUGGGACUUGGGUGAACUUGGGGUGGCCCUGGCUGAACUGCCCAGGAGCAUCGGAGUUUCUGAAUGGGUCCUGGAAAGCUCUGGCUGGCCCCACAGUCUGGCCAGGGAGCUUGUGCUUCCUUCACCUCUGUGAGGUGGGGGCACCCAACACCCCCUGAGAGCCACCAGCCCCAGCUGUGUCCCCACCGAGGGUCAGGAGCAAACUGCCUCUUGGGAUGGGUCCUGUGUGCUGAGCCCCAGCAUCUGGUAAAGCACUUUGGAUGCUGCCCUAAGCCUUCUCUAUUGAGGCAGUGACUUUUCCAGACCCUGUUAAUAUCUUGGGCUUUGAGUGGGUGGUGGAACUGUCCU